AUGUUGCCGGUCUGGUCGUUUGUUUUGUUCUACCUCUACGGUAUCCCAUUGGUACUUCUGUAUUCUCUAAUAAUAUAUGUCCUGUUGUCAAGGAGGACGUAUUUUUCCUCCGCGUUUUACACACUCGUGGCAAUCUUUGGAAUCCAGGUGAAUUUUGGUAUUAAAAAGAGGUCAAAAAAAAGCCUUCUCAGUUUGCCGUAAUCUUGAAGCUAUCGUUAAAACAUUCGUUGUUUUUGGAGUUGUUGGAAAACCUUUGUUUCAGGACAUUACCUGCUACAUAAACGCCCAAUUUGUUCUUCGCGGACCACUAUGUGAAUUCAUGUACGCGAACUUCUUUUACUCAUUGGAGAUUAUAUAUCAAAAAUAUCCCAUAUUCUUCAUCUUUAUUCGCUUCGCCACCGAGUUGAAUGGCCAAAUCGGCACCGUAAUCCUCGCUGUUUAUCGGAUCACUGCGCUAGUUGCACCACUUAAGCAUGAAGCUGUAUGGAAGGGUUGUCUUCCUUAUUUGCUUACCAUCUUUUUCGCAAUGCCAUUUUGUCUAUAUGGGUUUGUAUUCCUGAACAUGGGAAAGUUGGAAUGUUCGAGGAAAGGGGGCAAAGUGACUGGCUGCUUCAUUAACUAUGAUCAUUCGGUGCUAUUGUACGGGGUGAGCAAACAAACAAUUUUUCAGCGAUAUCAGUCUGUCGGGAAAAUAAUGAGCGACUGUCGCUUCGCCAGUCGUGUCGCAAAAGCGAAAAGUUAUUUAAUUUUGCGACGACACAAUUCAUUUUCUCCGCGGCAAUGCUAAUAUUUUCGAUGCGACAGAAUGCUCAUUACUUUCCCGACAGACUGAUAUAUAAUUCCUAGUUGUCCAUCAUCGACAUCAAUCAAGUUUUGUUCGUGGUUGUGCCAACAACGUCUGGAGUGCUCAACCUUUUGUCACUGUUCCUUCUGUAUUCACGAAGAAAGAACCUCAGAUCGCAGAGGACGUGGAGACAUGAGAUCAGUCUAUCUCUGAGCACGUGCGCAAUUUUUGUCAGCCACAUUGGCUAUGGCGUAAUUACGGUAAGCUGUCACACACCAAAUAGAGAAAGAGACCGCUCACGGGAGAGACGGGACAGAGAAAUGACUCUGAUCAAUCAUCUUUCCACUCCCGUCUCUCUACAGUGGGGGACCUGUUCCAGUGGCAAAAAACGUACCAUUUUGCAACCGGGAAGUAUAAAUAAUGUGGCUAAAUGCUUCCCUCUCCAAGUGAAAAAGCUUUAUUUUGAAGGGCGCGCCCUUUUUUCCUCAUAAAAAGAGCGGGCGUGCUUUUGAAAUUUUAGUUUUUUUUCACUUGGAGAGGGAGGUAUUUUGCCACAUUUUUUGAUGCUUCCCGGGCCCAAAGUGGUACGUUUUUUGUCACUAGAUCAGGUCCCCCACUGUAACUUUGCUAUAUCUCUUUCAGCAGCAAGUUCUCCACCGGUACAUGGAACUGGACCUACAGCUUAUUACGUUUAUCCUAGGCUGUGUGAUCCCUUUGAUCCAAGACACUUCCAUCUUGACCACGGUCACCUUUCUUCUCAUAUCGAAAACCAUACGCCGCGAGGUUGCUAAAUUGACAGUCGAACAGCUGAGAAGAACUCCUAUUUUGUCGAGCAUCUCCAUUUCUUCUACGACUCCAUUCUACCUGAAACAAUAA